AUUUCCAUCUGAUGGAUUUUUCGCAAGAACGAUCAAUGGAUUUCAAUUCUUCUCUUCAGAAGAGCUCGUUGCUGUACGUGUUGCCCUUCAUCUGCAACUGCGUUUUCGUCUCUCCAUCCACACUAACCGAUGGAGGCCCGAGGAUCUUCAAGCCUGACGACUUUCAGUACAUACUGGAGAGCCACAACGUUGAGAGAAACUCGGACGAGGCUGAUUCGAAGGAACGACGAAGCAACAUAGGCUCCUCUUUCAUCAGAUACGGCCGCAGCGAUCCUGUUGGAAACGUGGAGAAAGUUUUCAGCAGCGAGAACGACGGUAGCUCAAAAGUGAACAGGUAUCCUCGUUGGAAGUCGCCGGAUAUCAUAAUUAGAUUUGGCCGAUCGGAUUUCAAGGGUUUGAACGGCGAUAGGAAUUACAAGCGGGGGAAGAAUUAUUUGAAUUCUAUCAGAUACGGCCGAAACGUGCACAUCUAUCCUGUGGAGAUCGACAUGACGGCACUAUGCUCCGAUCUACUGUCAAACGAGAUUAAAGAACUUCAUCCGUACGAGGCAAACUUACUUCACUUGUGUGACAUAUUGAGCAACAUUGAUGUCGAGCAUAGGAGCAAUCUGGACUUCUUGGAGAAUCGACUUGGCUCGAAACACGACUAAAAAAAAAUGCUCUCUCGUAAUUUGGGAUUUUUGUGCCGACCCGUCGUCAACAGGCUCAUCUUCGGGACGUCACAUCGGUACUCGAUCCUGAUAUUCCGAUGGAACAACGUUAUUAUCGGUCGAUCUAUACUCUGUUACGACUCCACGAACACUUAUUACAUCUUCCCUCGUGCUUUUAGCUAUAAGGUAUAAAUGAUUUUAUGGAGUCGGUUGAUGCUUUCGUCGUGGUCUUUCAGGUAAAAUUAGACGCUUAAUAAGAAUUAAAUGGGAUCCGAAAUUGAAUCAUGAUCAGAAAUCAAUUUUAAAAUUUUAACGAAGCUGUUUCAGCGAGUUGUUUCAGUUUCGUGAUGAUUCGGUGGAUCGUUGAGCGAUCACGUAUAAGUAAUGUUGCUCGAUAGCGUUUUCGUCAAUAUUUUAUUAUUUAAUUAGGCUAUGAACGUGUUUAAGUUAAAGUAUUUUAAUGUCGAGACUUAGUAGCUGGAUGUUAACUGUUCACUGAUACAUAUUUUUCUAUCUUACAUACUUCAUACUGAUGACAUUUCUUUCUUACAAAUAUUUGUUUUGCAAAUAUUUUUUAUUUACAGUUAAAUACGUAAAUUGCUUGUGAAAGAUACAUUUAAUUUAAUUUUAUUUAAAGAUAAAUUGGAGGAUUGUGAGGAGUCACGAUUUUCUCAGUUAAAGAUGGUUGAAAAGAAAUAAAACAUUCAUGGAUGAUAAAUACGGCGCGAAAUAAUAUUUUUAAUAAUUAUUAAAUUAAUAAUAAUUUGAAGAAUAAUAAAGAAAAAUAAAGGUACAAUCCAAGCUAAAUUUUAUUCACUUUAAUCAAAUUUAUGAUCUCUGCGAGGAAUGUGACUUGACGUUAUAUGUGAUUAAUUUAACUGUGAUCGAUAUUUGUUCGAUAAUUCUUGAAAGUACUGAUCUAUUUUAAGCAACAAAUGAAUUCCACUAUUUAAAGAAAUAGUUCUAAUAACAAACAAAGGUUACUAAUUGUACGGACCACUAUAGUGGAAGCUUGUGUCAAUUUUUACGAUAGUCUAUGACAAUCUACCUCACUAAUUACUCUUUUAAAAUUAAUUUUUGCUUCAACAAUAAUAAGAAAAUAUUUUUUUUAAAGAACUCUUUUAAAUUUUAUAUCGUCGUUGAUAAUUCUAAUCAAUUAUUUAUAUCUUCAAGUGAUUUCACGAUGCGUAAGUGGUCAUUUUUCAUAAAGAUUUGUUCGAUUAAAAAAAAUUGGCAGACAAAAUAACGUUGUACCAUAACGUCGCUUCCGGGUACUCUAAUGUGCAUCCACCUGCGUCUUCAGUGUAAAUAAAAGAAAUUUCAUUGGCUUUGAUAUCAAUGACGUGAAUCGAAUCCGCAAGAAAGCCGGUUAAAGAAAAAAAAAAAAAAAAG